AUGAGGGAUUUCUCUGGUAGCCAGGCCUCCCCAGAGCUCUGGCGCGAAGCGGCAGGCACAGUUGAUGUAGAAGGCCUUCGCCGGCGCGCGGGGGAACUGGCCAAGCUGGGCCGUCGUGCCGAGAGCGCCGAGGCCAGGCCCUCAGUGCCACUGCUGCUUGCUGCCAGCUGCUUGGCCUUCAUCGCAGCCUUGGCCUGGGUUCCUGCGCUGAGCUACGACUUCGAGGGAGGCUUCUUCAUGGAUGAUGCGAUGAUCAAGAAAAAUCCCAACGUCUAUGAAGCGCUGAACUGGCGUCGCCUAUUCCGGACGGACUACUGGGGCCUUGACAUGUUCGAGGGUCCUUGGACCCAUAAAUCUUUCCGACCUUUGACCGUGCUCUCCUUCCGCUGGAAUCAUGCGGUUCACGAGUUUGGUGGUUCGGGCUUCCACAUCGUCAAUGUUCUGCUGAACGCUGCUUGCGCGGAGCUCCUUGCCGUAUUCGGGCAGUGCAUUGGUGUCAGCCUGGACUGGGCUGCGCUGCUGGGAGCGCUCUUCCUAGCGCACCCGGUGCACACAGAGAGCGUGCUCUACAUCGUGGGCAGGGCCGACCUCCUUUGCCUCUUGCUGGUGCUGCUGGCAGCCCUGAUCUAUGCACCCUGCAUCAAAGAAAAAGCCGGCUUCGGUAUCCUGGCACCAGCACUCUCAAUUUCGGCUGCUGUGCUGUUGGUGGCAGCCGGGCUCUGCAAAGAGACAGGCUUCUGCUUCUUUGGGCUGCUGGCCGGUUGGGAGAUUCUCCGAGGUCUGACGAGCACCAGCCAAUCGCAAGUCUUCCGGGCACUCCGCUUGCUGGCCAUCUUGGCUAUGGGAACCAUUUCCUGUGGCGUGAGAGUUUGGUACACAGGUGGGACUGCAAUCGACAACAUGGAUCCGCACAGCAACCCUGUCGCUGUCCACAGUGAUCGAUGGGUUCGCGUGCGAACCUAUGCCUUGCUGCAUGGCAUUUACGCCAAGCUUUUGGUAUGUCCUACCUUCCUGAGCUACGACUACUCCUUUGAUGCCAUUCCUCUCGUUAUUGAUUCCGCAGACCUGCGAUUGAUGUUGCCGGUCACAGCUUACCUCGGAUUUGCCAUCCUAUUGGUCCUGUCACUUGGAGUGCUGCGGCCAAAGGGUGGUCGCCCUCCAGCAGAAGGUCCUAUUAUCGGGCUCGCCAUUCUCGUGCUGAGCUUCGUUCCCAUGUCGAAUGUGCUCUUUCCAGUUGGCACGAUGAUCGGUGAACGGCUGCUCUACAUCCCUUCGGCAGGCCUGCUUACAACCCUCGUUUGCCUGGCCCAUCGGUCAAGCUCCCCGCGGCUCUUCGCAUCUCUGCUGCUUUUAGCUGGAGGUCUGGCCGUUUGGCGCUGCGCCCUGCGCGUCCCAGAAUGGAAGGAUUCUGACACUAUCACCACUGCUGAUGGGUUGACCCAGCUGCACUCAGCGAGGGUGCAGUUCAACCUCGCCAACGUGUAUUUGAAGGCUAAGAAAUAUGAUGAUGCGCUGGCUACAUACCAGCGUUCCAUCACGAUUGAUCCCACAGAUCAUGAUGCCUUGCCUCUUUACCAUGCUGGCCAGAUCCUCUUCUUCAAGGGGCAGCAUCAAGAAGCUGCCAGGUAUUUGGAGAAGGCCGUCAAUGGCUUUUUCAGCCCGUUGACGAUUCAGGAGGAAGAGAUCUGGCACGACUACGCGCUCUCCUUGUGGUUCGUGCAAAAGCCGCAGGCCUCAAUCGCCCACUUUCAGAAAGCCCUGGCGAUAAACCCAGGCUUCACCAAGGCAUUGAACAACAUGGCCUGUGCUGCUGGUCUCGGUGCUAUCACGGGCGUGCUGCCAAAGGAGUACUACCAGCAUGCCAUCAACGCGUUGGACCAGGCGGUGAGGAUCGAUCCCAGCAGUGUACUGUACUGGCGCAACGCUGUUGCCUUGAUGGUGGCAGGAGGCGACCAGCAGCGAGCCACUACCACCUGGAACCACCUUGUCUCAAUGGAUCCGCAAGGAGCUGGGCAGCCGCCAAACGAUUGCAGCUGGGAGUUCUACUUCAGAUUCUGCGCAUCCACACCACCUGUUUACUUUAUGGCUCAUAGGAUUGCUCUGGUGGGUGAGAUGGCUGCCUGCGGAAAUCCUAGAAUUCUAGAAACACUUCAUAAUGCCUCGGGAGUCUGUGUAGCAGCUCCUGGUGAUGCCAUGGCAUGGACAUCUACAAAUGCAGAGAUUGGAUCCUGGAAUCAGGGCGAGUCACUUCGGCAGAUCCAUAGCGAUGCUGCAGAGGUCCGGAACUUCAUCAGACACCAUGGGCAAACGGCCCACCUUGCGUGGGUCAACCAAAGUGUCCGCGGCCCCGAACCAGCAGCGCCCGCGCCGCCCAAGCCGGUGAAUGCACCUUCUCCUCCGCAGGUCCACCACAGCUUCGUUUAUGGGGGCCGUGGUGUACCGAGACGACGACAGGAGGAAAGCUUCCCUGGCAGCAGUGGCGAUGGCUGCACCGCCUACAUGCAGGUGCAGCCACCCUCGGCACGCCUCUUCAAUGUUGCGUCGCGUGGGCUGCCCAGUGGCGCCCAGCCGAAGUGGUGUUUUGAGCGCAUGCCUUCGCUGCUGCCGCAUCCUUUGAUGCGUGAUCAACAGGUCGGACGCUCGGUCGCUGGUGUCCCUGUCCGCGUGGCCUCGGAAGUGCGGAGACUACCCGUGCGCGGGAUCCAUGCAGAUGCGUUGCUUCUGUGCAACAGCACGGAGGCAAAGAGGCGCACAGUAGCCACUCAGAUGCACGGCCGCGUGAAGAAGGAUGUCGUGGAGCCCAGCCCAGAGGAGAAGGAGAAGCAGCGCGAGCAAGUGCGAAAGGCUCGGGGCCUCUUUGGAAAUCUCUUGGAGAUGAGGCAGAACAAAGCUUGCAGCGAAGAAGCCUUGGACAUGACGUCCAAGGCCCUUCAGUUCCACCCGGAGUUCCCAACUCUUUGGGGAUACAGACGCGAGCUACUCACCAGCGGCAAGAUCAGCAAACCUCUUCGGGAGCUUCUUGAAGUGGAGAUGAAGCUCUUAGAGAAGGCGCUGCGGAAAUCGCAGAAGGUCUACUCCAUCUGGUUUCACCGCAAGUGGGUCAUUGAACACUUGUUCCAAGAGCUCAAAGCAGAUCCUGACAGCGUCAAACUUCUGCUCGACACUGAGCUGGAGUUAUGCGGGAGGCUCCUGGAUGUGGACGAGCGAAAUUUCCAUUGCUGGAACCACCGCAUGCACGUGAUGGGUCUGAUGCGCUCCUGGCAAAAGGAUCAACUGCAGCCAAUUGACUUGGGCUCCAUUGAUCUCAAGCUCAGCACGGACCUUAUCAAUCGGAACUUCUCCAAUUACUCAGCGUGGCAUUUGCGCACCCUGCUGCAACAGCGUGCUGGAACAGAGGAGCCACAAAUGGAGAUAGACAUCAAUCAGGAGCUGGAGUGGGUCCAAGAGGGAAUCUUCACCGAGCCGAACGACCAAUCCGUGUGGCUUUAUCACAACUGGCUGACCACGUUGGCACGUGGCACAGAAAUGCCCAGGAUAACACACUGUGUGCUCAUGGAUGGUGAGGUCUUUGUGUUCUUCUCGAAGCCUGUUUGUGCAUCUAAUGUCUCAGUGUCGCAGGGUGAUCAGAAACUGGACGGGCAUCUAGAGCCCACUAUCCCGUCACGCAAGUCUGCUGUGCAGCGGACUCGUGAAUCUGCGAGACGCCGGCGCAAUUGUGCGCUCGGUUGGCAAUUUCAAGCGACAGGUGGCACCGUGCCGUGCUGCAGCCCAAUGGAGGUUCGAAUCACAGUCGACAUCGAGGUUUUCGGAAGCCUUCCAGACGGCAAGGCAUCCCCUCUGUCGACUCAGCAGGUUGAAUUCCAGGGUCCGAUGAUAGACCUUUCUGCGGCUGCCUCCAGUCUCUCAGUCUUGGAUGCCUUUUUGGGAGAAAGCUUGGAGGAGCGGAGGAAAGAGGUCUUUGAGACGGAACUCGAGAGGAUAAAGGAGCUACUGGAGAUCGAGCCUGACUGCAGGUGGGCGCUGCUGGCACAAAGUCGUCUGCAGGAUCGGCUUGCAUCCGGCUGCAAUGCAGAGCAGCAGAAGUCUACUCAAAGCGCUCUUGCAGAGAGCGCGGCACAUGCAAGCACGCUCGAUCCCUUGCGGAAGAACUUUUACUCAGAUGCCCGGGCUGCAGCCCGUACUCGUCAGACGAUGCAGGCGUGGCUCGCCUGCCCGGAGACCUACAAAAACGCUUUGAACUUGAGCAGCCUGUCCAUGCGCCACCUGGCUCCAGCGAUCGCCACUUUCGCGUUUGGCGUCCGGGUCCUGAAUAUGGAUGACAACCAUUUGCGUGAGUUUGGGGCCGUCCUGGGACUCAUCAGUCUGGAGGACAUCUCUCUGUCCAAGAACCAGAUCCGGGGAGAUGCAGCAGAGGUCUUCGUGCUACCGAAGCUGCGUCGCGCCAACCUGAGUGCGAACCUGUUGGGCCUGCGAGGGCUGGAUGUGCCACCUCCGAAAUCCUUGGAGUACGUUGACCUGUCGGGGAUAGAGGGCACCAAGUCUCUUGAUGGCCCUACGGCAGUGGGACGCUUGCUUGUAGGAUCUCCAGAAGCGGAUCGCCAACACUGGACUGCAGAAGUUGUGCCGGGGGAGGUGUGCAUCUGUCGUCGUCAGACUCAGUAG